AUGACGGCCGAGUCCUCUUCCACCUCUUCGGCAUCUCCUGCCCAGCCCCUCCGCACGACCAAGGAGACGCACCCAAACCUCCCUCCCGGCCUAAUCCUCGGCGAGGACGGCAAGCCAUGCAAAGUCUGCAACAGCUGGCAAGACUGGGCAAAGAUCAAGGUCGUGAAGAAGGGCGCGUCUUCCUCCACUUCCAAGGAUCCAAUGGCGAUGAUGGCAGCGAUGGCUGGAGGUGCGGCCAUUAAGAAAAAGGAAGACAAGGUGGAGGUCGACCGCAGUGAAUGUCCCCCCGACACCGGCGAGCUCGGCCGCGCAACAUGGACGUUCCUGCACACCACGGCGGCGUAUUAUCCACUCAAGGCGAAUACCGAGCAGCAGAACCGCAUGCGUGCGCUCCUCGGCUCGUUGCCGACCCUGUAUCCGUGCACGCCGUGUGCCGAUGACUUUGGGGCCGAUACCAAGGCUAAUCCACCCGACGUCCUGGGUUCGACCCCGGGUUAA